AAAGAUCUGCAAAUGUGACGAACGGCAUUUUUUGCAGUUGCCGAUAAUUCGUCUUUUGGUUAUCAGCUGCCUUAUAGGACCAGGCCUAUCAUAGAAAUCAAUGGCACUACUACCUAUGUUCUUAAUUGUUUAUAUCAAGUUAUUGUAUUACCAUUGAUUACCUUUGGUUCCGUUGGUUUCGAUUGUUUCUUCAUUACAUUGUCUCUUCACGUAACUGCACAAUUGUGCUUACUAAAAAGCAGAGUUAAAUCAGCUUUGGAAGAUCCUAAUGGUUGCCAAAUCGGAAUGAAAAAAUUGAUUAAUAAACAUUAUCGAUUAAUAAGCUUGGUAGAUAUCCUGGAGGAUGCUUUUAAUCUGGCAAUUCUGGAACAUCUCAUAGGAACGACUUUUAAUUUGUGUAUUUCUGGUUAUAAUACGAUACUACGUUCAUCCAGUGGUCAAAUUCUCGAACUUUUUCUGUUUGUUGUAUUCUCAAGUAUUAUCCUGAGCACGUUGUUCGUCUAUUGCUAUAUCGGAGAAUGUAUCAUUCAAGAAAGCACUAAUUUUGCCAUGGCUUUAUACGAGUAUGAAUGGUAUAACAUAUCUCCGAUUGAUUUAAAAAUGGUUUUAAUUUGUAUGAUUCGAGCAAACAGACCUCUGCAAUUAACUUCUGGAAAAUUUUUCGUCUUAUCUUUAUACACUUUCACCGAUGUAAAUAUUAAAAACUUCAGUGGGAUACCUGUCGGUGUUACGAACAUUGCUAUAACUCAUAUACAAAUUUGUGCUAUUCAUGUUAGAUUAAGUUGA